AUGGCUUACUCUCUAUCACGAGAUUAUUCACAAGUUCCAAAAGAUAUACCUUCAGAUAUUUUAGAUAUAGUGCAAACACGUCAAAAUGGUUUAAUAAGAAGAGCUAGAACCACAUUAGGUAGCUGGUGUGGAUCUAUCAUUUCUUUUAGCUUGGUUUCAUAUUCUAUACGUUUCUAUGAUUGGAAAUCUAAAUUAAUUAUAUUGCCCUUCACAACCUAUGGAGGAUGUCUUUUAGGUCGUUUUAUUUCUCAUGGUAUAACUGGGAGGUGA